UAUAGAUAGAACACAACAUCCAACAAAUCACAAACUCAUAUUCUCGAAAUCACAAAACCAUGAAAUCUUCUUCAAUUUCAACUCUUGUUCUCAUCUUGUCGUGUUCAUGGGCAGCUUCAGCCGGUGACGAUUUUCUUCAUUGUCUCUCUCAACAAUCAUGGAUUUCCAACGUUGUUUACACUCCUCCCAAUUCAUCCUACAAUUCCAUCCUCCAAUUUUCCAUCCGCAACCUCAGAUUCGACUCGGAAUAUAUUCCUAAACCAAAAGUGAUCAUUACCCCGGAGCACGAAUCCCAGGUCCCGCCCGUCGUGCUCUGCGCCAGACAAAGUGGUCUGGAGAUCAGAACCCGAAGCGGCGGCCAUGACUUCGAGGGACUGUCUUACGUCUCACUACAAGCCCCGUUUGUCAUUCUUGAUUUGAUCAAUCUCAGUGAAAUCACAGUCGAUGUUGACCGGAAAACUGCAUGGGUCGGAGCUGGCGCAACCGUCGGUUCUUUGUACUACAGAAUCGCCGAAAAAAGUCCGGUUCUCGGGUUUCCCGCCGGAUUCUGCCCGACCGUAGGUGUCGGUGGGCACUUCAGCGGCGGCGGCUACGGCGCAUUGAUGAGGAAAUACGGCCUGUCGGCCGAUCAGGUCAUCGACGCAAGAAUAAUCGACGUCCAUGGUAGAAUCCUCGACAGAAAAUCAAUGGGCGAGGAUCUAUUCUGGGCAAUCAGAGGCGGCGGAGGGGCCAGCUUUGGCGUGAUCGUAGCCUGGAAGGUACGACUGGUGGAUGUUCCAGAAACUGUCACAGUUUUUACGGUCACAAAGACCGUUGAACAAAAUGCGACUCAGUUGGCACGGCAGUGGCAAUAUGUCGCCCCUCGAUUGGACUCCGAUUUAUUCAUCGGAGUUUUACUAAACAGGGUGAAUUCCACUGUUUUAUUUAAUUUCUUCUCACUCUUCCUAGGAGGAGUCGACAGACUACUUCCCAUGUUGCAGGAGAGUUUCCCGGAGUUGGGUGUGGCGAGAGAAGACUGCAUCGAGAUGAGCUGGAUACAGUCCGUCUUAUAUUACUCUGGGAGGACGGCAGGAUCGUCACCGGAUCAGGGCACGGCCGAAAGUCUUCUAAACCGGACGCCGGAGACCUUGUGGAACUUCAAAAUGAAGUCCGACUACGUCAAGGAGCCUGCUCCUGAGAGCAUGUUCCAAGGCAUCGUGAGACUGUUACGCCAGCCAGAAGGGCUUCUGUCUCGCGUUUACACAGUCCCCUACGGUGGAAGGAUGGCGGAGAUUCAAGAAUCCGCCACCCCGUUCCCUCAUAGGGCAGGUAACUUGUACAAAAUUGCCUGUGUGGCUUACUGGCGGGACCGUGAUGGUGAAGAUUCGGAUAAGUACAUAAGAUGGAGUCGAAGGUACUAUGAUUACAUGACUCCUUAUGUCUCGAAAUCUCCGAGAGAAGUGUACUUGAACUACAGAGACCUCGACAUCGGAGUAAAUAAUUUUGGUGGACAAACGAGUUACGAGCAAGCAAGCAUUUGGGGCAUGAAAUAUUUCAAGAAUAAUUUUGAUCGCCUUGUGAAGGUCAAGACGGUCAUUGAUCCGGCCAAUUUCUUCAAGAAUGAACAGAGCAUUCCGCCAUGUAAGACAGGGAGUAAGAUGAAGUUGCCCGAAGCUGUAUUUUCUUAUGAAUAAUUGAUUCAUGCGUGAGUUAAUUAAAUUAUGUGAUGUAGUUAUAUGAAAAUAAUAUCUGUAAUGUGGUUAUAUGAAAAUAUUUAAUACUGUAUUAGCUUAUUGAUUAUGAAUAUAGUAGUAUUUCUACUA